AUGGAAAUGCCUCCAUUCCGUUCUACGCCUAUUGCUGGGUUUACCAGAACUCAACCGGUGCUCUCCUGGGCCUUUCCUACGCUAUUUCCCCGUGGUGAGGCUGAGUUUAUCCUUCCUCGCCAACACUCCGUCAAAUUCGAUGACUAUAUCAAACAUUUGAUGAGAUUCGACAAUGGCCCUGGGGGUCAAGAAGUUACAGCAGACCAGCUUCGUGCAGCUUUUGAAGAUGAUAAUCCAGAGGGCGAGCACUAG